GGCUUUGACCAUCUUAAUCAUUUCCACAGACUAUAAACCAGUCGAGUACUUAAUUGGUUUCUGAAAACCUUCCACACCCGAAUGCAUGUGGGCAUGAUAGUGUUGAAAUAAGGCCUGUCGCUAUCUGGAAAAGGGUUUAGAGUGGUGGUGCACUUCAGAAACCGGAGUUAUUAAAUGCAUUUGAUUAACGUGGUUGUUCAUCUGGUUCUUCAGGGAAAUAAACUGCUCUAAUAUUCAUAUAUGUAUUAGGAGCGAAGGAUUUUUCAGUGCACGCAACGCCCUGUAAAUUGUUAUCAUUGCUGGUGCUCCUAAAUGGAUUUUAAUUUGAUAAUCCCACUCAAGUUAGUGCGCCAGCAGCAGUACAAGGUUUAUCGCUUCGAGUGCCACAUUGCUGGGGUCUCAGGAGUUGCCUCAUUCCUGGGUUCAUUCUACACGACUCAACCGAACCGAUAAGACCUCUCCGUGGAGCUCAGCCAGCGGCAAUAGCGUUCAUUAAAAUGGAAUAUUUCUUCAGUCGCCGUCGGCUACCCGUGUUUAUCAUAUGGAUUUUAAUUAACUUAGCCGUAACCAAGGCUACCUGUGGAUUUGAGUCAUGUCCCGCCACGAAACCAAAUAUGAUCAAUGUCCACUUGGUGCCACAUUCCCACGACGACGUGGGAUGGUUAAAAACAGUGGAUCAGUAUUACUAUGGAACCCACAAUGAAAUCCAACAAGCUGGAGUUCAAUACAUUCUGGAUACCGUAAUUGAGGAGCUGCUGAAAGACUCCAGUCGUCGAUUCAUACAAGUUGAGACAUUCUUCUUUGCGAAAUGGUACUCCGAACAAACUGAGAUUGUUCACAAAGCUGUGAAGAAAUUGGUGGCCGAAGGACGCUUGGAGUUCGCCGGAGGAGCUUGGAGCAUGAACGAUGAGGCGGCCGUGCACUACCAAAGUGUGAUAGAUCAGUUCAAUCUGGGUCUAAAGUACCUAAAAGAUAUCUUUGGGGAUUGCGGACGUCCCACAAUUGGCUGGCAGAUCGAUCCCUUUGGCCACUCCCGGGAAAUGGCCUCUAUAUUCGCUCAAAUGGGUUAUAAUGGGGAGUUUUUUGGUCGCAUGGAUUAUGUGGAUAAAAAGAAGCGUCUGGCUGAUCUGGAAAUGGAAAUGAUUUGGAAAUCGAGUGAAUAUUUAAAGAAUUCCAACAUAUUCACCGGACUCCUCUACAAUCACUACUCAGCUCCUCCGGGUUUCUGCUUCGAUAUUAUUUGCGCAGAUGAUCCCAUUAUCGAUGGCGACAGUUUUGAUAAUAACGUUAAUAAGAGAGUAAACGACUUUUUAGCGUACAUUAAAACCAUGGCCAAGUCUUUUCGAGCUAAUCAUAUAAUGGUGCCCAUGGGAGAUGACUUUCAGUACUCAGCGGCGGCAAUUAACUUCAAUAACAUGGACAAACUUAUCAAGUAUGUCAACGACCGCCAACUGGAGGGAUCUCAGAUCAAUAUCUUCUACUCAACUCCCUCCUGUUAUCUCUACGAGUUGCAUCAGCUGAAGCAAACUUGGCCAAACAAGACCCAGGACUUCUUUCCGUACUCCAGUGACUCACACUCCUAUUGGACGGGUUACUUCACAUCCCGACCCACACAGAAACGCUUUCACCGCGAUGGCAAUCACUUCCUGCAGGUGGUGAAGCAACUCGGUGUCCUGGCCAACUUGACCAGCAACCAGCAUUUGGCAGACCUCGAGACUCUAAACCAGGCUAUGGGUAUCAUGCAGCACCACGAUGCAGUCACUGGGACGGAGAAGCAAGCGGUUGCCUCCGACUACGAUCGAAUUCUAUAUGAUGCGAUAACUGGAGCCGAGAAUAAUGCUCGCGAUGCACUCCGCUCUCUGACUAACUUAACAUCCGGAGAAUUUUCCAGUUGCCUGACACUUAAUAUAAGUGUUUGCGAGUUUACCCAGAAGACAGCCAACAAUGUGAUUGUGACUCUAGUGAAUCCAUUGGGACAUGCAUCAACGCAAUAUGUGAGGAUUCCUGUAAAGAAUGAAAACUAUAUAGUUACAGAUGAAAAAGGUCACGAAAUACCUUCAGAAGUGGUCCCUGUUCCCUGGCAAGUCUUGGCUCUUCAACAUCGUCCCAAUGACACACAGCAUGAGUUGGUUUUUAAAGCCAAAGUGGAAAAACUGGCAAACUUCUAUAUAAGGGUGCUACCUGUUCCCAAAACUAAAAAUCACGAUUAUUUCCCCAUAAACAAAGAUUUUCAUUACAAUAGCGAAGCUAAAGAUGAAACCAACGAACUAAUUGUUCAGAAUUCGCUAAUAAAACUAGUGUUCGAUACAGCUAAAGGCGGCUUGAAAACCAUUGAAAUGAACGGUGUCAGGGAAAAUAUUCAGCAACACUUUGGCGUAUACAAAGGCUUUCAAGGUACCAACUCAGAAGCCAAGAACCGAUCAUCGGGUGCAUACAUCUUCAGACCGGAUGGAGACAUUGAAAUCCUGAAUGAUAAAGUUCUCCUUUACUUCUACAACGGCACUCGGGUCAAGGAAGUCCAUCAGCAUUGGAGCGAUUGGAUAUCCCAAGUGGUACGCAUCUACGAGGAUGUAAAUCGCGUUGAAUUCGAGUGGCUGGUGGGUCCGAUACCCAUAGACGACGUGGCUGGCAAGGAGAUAGUAACGAGAUUCACAAGUGAAAUAUCCUCGAAUGGAAUGUUCUACACCGACUCCAAUGGUCGGGAGAUGCUAGAGCGGGAGAGGAACCAGCGGGAGGACUUCGAUCCGGAUAUGUCAGAGGUCAUUAGUGGCAACUACUAUCCCGUGACAGCUCAAAUUGCCCUCCAGGAUGACAAGAAGCGGAUUACCCUCCUAAACGACCGAUCACAGGGCGGAUCUAGUCUGGCAGAUGGGGAGCUGGAGCUGAUGCUGCAUCGCCGGCUGUUAGUGGAUGAUUCCUUUGGUGUGGCAGAAGCUCUUAAUGAGGAACAGUACGGAACUGGCCUCAUUGCCAGGGGAAAAAUCUAUCUAAUUCUCGAUGGUGCCGCAGCAAAUCCCAAGACAGCAGAGCGCUUGCUCCAGCACGAAUUAAGUCUUCCCUUUUGGAAAUUCUUCAGUAAAUCCAACAAAGCUGUCUCGAUCAAUCGACACAUGAUUCCCGACUUUUCCGAUUUUCCCCGAUCGGUGGAUCUUCUUUCCCUGGAACAACAUUCGAAGGAUGAAUUAUUAUUGCGAGUGGAGAACUUUAAUACUGAAAGAAACGUGGUUAGCUUUAACAUAUACGAACUCUUUGUGUUCUUCAACGGAGAUCAUAUUUGGGAGACGACUUUGGAUGGUAAUAAGAAGUUGAGCGAAGUCAAAAGAUUCAAGUUCACUCAGGACUCUACCGGAAGUAGUCCCACUUCCGUGGAUUACUUCUAUGCUCCGCACAAGCCCUUGGAUGCGGAUUCCACGAAGGAUGCUUCGGAAUUUGUUGUAACCCUGGAAUCCAUGCAAAUUCGUACUUUUAUAAUCCAACAAAAGGCUUAACCCUUGACUUUUAAUUCGCAAAUAUAAUAUAAUUGUGUAAAAAUA